GCAGAGUAGCUUGUGAUUGGCUCAGGCUGCGGAACCUCGGAAACCCGAAUGCGAGGACCUUACAGCUGCCGCCCCCCGCAGCCAGGCAGAGCGCGGUCGUAGUCUGACUGGCGGCGGCGACAGAGGCGGCCCUGGAGGCAGCGGGGAGUGACAGGUAAACAGAACAUUUUCCCAAAGAAAAUGGCAUAAUUUGGGAGGAAAAAUAAAUUUCUGCAGCUUUUUACUUUACAAUAUUUAAGAAAAUCUACAAUUUCUUCAAGCUGUUCAUAAAGGAAGCAGUCAUGUUUCAUGAGUCCUCAAAACUGUGAAACAAGAGAAUGUAGUAGAGUGAGGCCAGAAGUCCUUACUGGUUCAAAGAACUCCGGGGAAACUGGGAUAAAACAUUUUACAUUAUAAGUAGAAUCCCAAGAGCCAAAGAUAUUUGUGAAUGAACAUUGCUAAGUAUGGAUUCAGGUGUUGGAAGUCUUGGAUUGCACACAGCAGACUCUAGAAUGGCCCAUACCAUGAUUAUGCAAGAUUUUGUGGCUGGAAUGGCUGGCACUGCACAUAUCGAUGGAGACCAUAUUGUUGUGUCAGUUCCUGAAGCUGUAUUAGUUUCUGAUGUCGUCACAGAUGAUGGAAUAACUCUUGACCAUGGCCUUGCAGCUGAAGUUGUCCAUGGGCCCGAUAUCAUUACAGAGACUGAUGUAGUAACUGAAGGUGUCAUUGUUCCUGAAGCUGUGCUUGAAGCAGAUGUUGCCAUGGAAGAAGAUUUAGAGGAAGAUGAUGGGGACCACAUCUUGACUUCUGAAUUAAUUGCAGAAACUGUUAGGGUACCUGAGCAGGUUUUUGUGGCUGAUCUUGUUACUGGUCCUGAUGGACACCUGGAACAUGUGGUUCAAGAUUGUGUUUCAGGAGUUGACUCUCCCACAAUGGUAUCAGAGGAGGUUCUUGUCACCAAUUCAGAUACGGAAACUGUGAUUCAGGCAGCUGGUGGUGUUCCUGGUUCUACAGUUACCAUAAAAACCGAAGAUGAUGAUGAUGAUGACAAUGACAUCGAUGUUGAUGUCAAGAGCACUUCUGAAGACUACUUAAUGAUAUCUCUGGAUGAUGUUGGAGAGAAAUUAGAGCACAUGGGAAACACACCAUUAAAAAUUGGCAGUGAUGGUUCACAGGAAGAUGUUAAAGAAGAUGGCUUUGGUUCUGAAGUGAUCAAAGUGUAUAUAUUCAAAGCGGAGGCUGAAGAUGAUGUUGAAAUAGGUGGAACAGAAAUUGUCACAGAGAGUGAGUAUACCAGUGGACAUUCUGUAGCUGGAGUGCUUGACCAGAGCCGAAUGCAGCGAGAGAAGAUGGUUUACAUGGCAGUUAAAGAUUCUUCUCAAGAAGAGGAUGAAAUCAGUUGCGCUGAAAUAGCAGAUGAAGUGUACAUGGAUGUCACUGUAGGGGCAGAGGAAGGAACUUCUCUCCCUGAAACUCAGCUUGAGGACUCUGAUGUUAAUAAAACAGUUGUCCCGGUUGUCUGGGCUGCAUCAUAUGGAGAUGAAAGAAGAGUUUCCCGAAGGUAUGAAGAUUGUCAAGCAUCAGCAAAUGCUUUGGACUCAGCAUUAGAAAACAGAAACAGUACAACAGCACAGUACCUUCAAAUUUGUGACAGCAUUAAUACCAAUAAAGUACUUAAGCAAAAAGUCAAGAAGAGGAGAAGAGGAGAAACAAGGCAGUGGCAAACAGCUGUUAUAAUAGGUCCUGAUGGACAGCCCCUGACAGUAUACCCUUGUCAUAUUUGCACAAAAAAGUUUAAAUCCAGAGGAUUCUUAAAAAGACACAUGAAGAAUCAUCCUGAUCAUUUGAUGAGAAAAAAAUACCAGUGUACUGACUGUGACUUUACAACUAACAAGAAAGUGAGUUUCCAUAACCACUUAGAAAGCCAUAAGCUUAUAAACAAAGUUGACAAAACCCAUGAAUUUACAGAGUAUACACGAAGAUACAGAGAGGCUAGUCCACUGAGCUCAAACAAACUUAUCUUAAGAGACAAGGAGCCGAAGAUGCAUAAGUGCAAAUACUGUGACUAUGAAACUGCCGAACAAGGACUGCUGAACAGACAUUUGCUAGCUGUUCACAGCAAGAAUUUUCCUCAUGUUUGUGUUGAGUGUGGAAAAGGUUUUCGCCAUCCUUCUGAACUCAAGAAACAUAUGAGAACCCAUACUGGUGAGAAGCCAUAUCAGUGUCAGUAUUGUGUCUUCAGAUGUGCAGACCAAUCAAAUCUGAAAACUCACAUUAAGUCUAAGCAUGGUAACAAUUUGCCAUAUAAAUGUGAGCACUGUCCCCAAGCCUUUGGUGAAGAGAGGGAGCUUCAACGUCAUCUGGAUUUGUUUCAAGGACAUAAAACACAUCAGUGUCCUCACUGUGAACAUAAGAGCACCAACUCAAGUGACCUUAAGCGGCACAUCAUAUCUGUCCAUACCAAGGACUUUCCUCACAAAUGUGAUGUCUGUGAUAAAGGUUUCCACCGUCCUUCAGAGCUUAAAAAACACAGUGAUAUUCACAAGGGGAGGAAGAUUCAUCAAUGUAGGCACUGUGACUUUAAAACAUCAGAUCCAUUUAUUCUUAGUGGUCAUAUCCUUUCGGUUCAUACCAAGGAUCAGUCAUUGAAGUGUAAAAGGUGUAAGAGAGGGUUCAGACAGCAGAAUGAACUCAAAAAGCAUAUGAAGACCCAUACAGGAAGGAAGAUUUACCAAUGUGAGUAUUGUGAGUACAGCACUACAGAUGCAUCUGGCUUUAAAAGGCAUGUGAUAUCAAUCCAUACAAAAGACUAUCCACAUAGGUGUGAAUUCUGCAAGAAAGGAUUCCGAAGACCAUCAGAAAAAAAUCAGCAUAUUAUGAGACACCACAAGGAGGCUCUUAUGUAAUAAGAUCAACAUAAAGAAGCUAUUUAGAAAAUGAGAUAUACUACUUGGGAGGAAAGUAUCAUUUUUUCAUCUGGUUUGUAACCUUGAUAUCAAACCAUAACUUUACAUUCUUUGUAUUAAAGAUCUUAAAACAUUUGGAUUAACAGGGGAAUCUCAUAGCCCUUUGGAAGUUACUUAAUGAUUUUCAGAAGCACCAUAGAAAGGUUGCAGAAAGACUUAAGUGUCUACUUACUAGUAUUAUAUGCAUAACUAAACUGCAGAGGGGAAAUGUAAAGACCAAGUACCUUAUUUGGUUGAUCUCAUUAGAGACAAAUGUUUCUGAAAAGAGAGUACAAGAUUGAGGGAUUUAAAAUUGCAGUGCUUUGCUCUAGCCAGCAAGCCUCACUUUUAUGCAAUUUUAGAAAUAGGUUGGGGAAAGACAAUGCAGUCAUCCAUCGGUCACUUAGUCAUUGAGCCUUUUUAUUGUACCUAGACAUUGAAUUCCAGAAUUGUGAAAGCUUUGUGUAUUCAUUAAAAGAAAUCUCACUGGAAAAAGUUAGAUGAAUCCAGUGCUAUUAAAUAAAAACAUAAUCUCAGUGCUGCUAAUAUUUUAUCAUGGGAUAGGAUGUUUAGCAUUCUGUACUGAAAACUAAGGUGAAAUCUAAGGACUGAAGUUCCCUUUUUCACAUGUUCAAGUAGUGUUCAGUAUGUCAUAUAUAACAAAAGUAUAUUUGAGUCUUGAGUCAAAUGCGGCUUUCUAAAAUGGAUGCAACUGUGGUGUUGCAACAAAGAUCAGUACUAUAUUUCUUAAUGAUCUAAAAGUUAAGUUGAGAGAACACAGAGGUUUCUUAAAUAUUAUAUAGUUUUUUUAGGACAGUCUUAGCAAGUAUGGUUGUUCUAGUCUUACUUGCUCUAAUGUUUAAAGGUGCAAUUUUAUGCCAUUAUUGAAAUUUUUGAUUUUAACAUCAGUAUACCAUAUUAUUAACAUAAAUCUUCAAUAUGAGGCAGUAUUUACACAGUAUUUAACAGAACAUGCUGCCAAUAGAGUUUGGAGGUGGAUAUUCAGUUUACAGUGUAUAAACUUAAAAUAUGCAUCCCUUUAACAACGCUUUGUGUUAGCAUGCUGCAAAUCAAAAUGACACUUAAUAUUAAAUGCUGGUUUAAGGAAAUUUAAUGAAAAUCCUGUUCAUAAAUGUAAUGCAUAUGGUGUGUGCUUUUAAGUUUUAGUUGCUUUCAUUUACAUUCAGCUGUUCAACAUAAUUAAAAUGUACUUUUAGUUCAUGUUAUAUUGUGAAUUUGUGUUUUAAAUGAUACUCACUUUUCUGUUUUUGCACCAGAUAAGAAUCAGUAACGAAAUUUUUUUUAAUCUUUCUUAACUUCAAAAUAAUAAAUUGGAAAAAAUCUACCAAAAUGUGUGUUAUGUGGCUGUAAAUGAUGUACACGCUGUAAAAUAAGAACGUCACUGUUACGUGGAAUUAUUAUUUCUAAAUGUUACUCAGUGAAAUGAGCAUACAAUA